AUGGUUCAAGGUACGGAGGGAGGAGGGAAGUACAACUGCGAUUAUUGCCAGAAAGACAUCACUGGCAAAAUUCGGAUCAAAUGUGCUGUCUGUCCCGAUUUCGAUCUCUGUGUUGAAUGUAUGUCUGUUGGAGCAGAGAUCACUCCUCACAAAUGUGAUCACGCUUACCGAGUUAUGGGAAAUCUAACUUUCCCGCUUAUUUGUCCGGAUUGGAGUGCGGAUGAUGAAAUGCUUCUCCUUGAGGGACUUGAAAUUUAUGGCUUGGGAAACUGGGCAGAGGUUGCAGAGCAUGUGGGAACGAAGAGUAAAGAACAGUGUCUCGAGCACUACAAAAAUAUUUAUUUGAACUCGCCGUUUUUCCCACUUCCAGAUAUGUCACAUGUAGCAGGGAAGAACAAAAAGGAACUUCAAGCCAUGGCAAAAGGACGUGUCGAAGAUAAGAAAGAGCAGAACAUGAAAGAAGAGUACCCGUUUUCUCCUCCUAAAGUCAAAGUUGAAGACACACAAAAAGACAGGAGUUUUGGAGGAAAGAAACCUGUUGCCCCAGGAAACAACUCGUUGGUUGAAUUGAGUAAUUACAACCACAAGAGAGAAGAGUUCGACCCUGAAUAUGACAAUGAUGCUGAGCAGCUCUUGGCUGAGAUGGAGUUCAAAGAUAACGAUGCUCCUGAAGAACAUGAGCUGAAGCUGCGUGUGUUGCGUAUCUAUUCGAAAAGGCUUGAUGAGAGGAAACGUAGAAAGGAAUUUAUACUAGAAAGGAACCUGUUGUACCCAAAUCCCUUUGAGAAGGACCUGUCUCAGGAGGAGAAAGUGCAGUGUCGGCGUUUGGACGUUUUCAUGCGUUUUCAUUCGAAAGAAGAGCAUGACGAGCUACUCCGUAGUGUUGUGAGCGAGUACCGUAUGGUGAAACGGCUUAAAGAUCUCAAGGAAGCUCAAGUGGCAGGGUGUCGCUCGACAGCUGAAGCAGAGAGGUAUCUUGGGAGGAAGAGGAAGAGAGAGAACGAAGAAGGGAUGAACAGAGGGAAAGAGAGUGGUCAAUUUGGUCAAAUUCCGGGGGAAAUGGGAUCUCGACCUCCUGUGCAAGCAUCGUCAAGCUAUGUGAAUGAUUUAGACCUGAUUGGGUUCACGGAGUCGCAGCUGCUGUCUGAAUCCGUGAGUGUCCAGAUACUGAACACGUGGAAUAAGUUUGAGAUGAGUUUUGUUGAGAAGCGUCUGUGCAGCGAGGCCAAGUUGGUUCCGCCGGUUUAUCUACAGAUGCAACAAGUGAUGUCGCAUGAGAUAUUUAAAGGGAAUGUGACGAAGAAGUCGGAUGCAUAUAGCCUGUUCAAGAUUGAUCCGACCAAAGUGGACCGAGUUUAUGAUAUGCUUGUGAAGAAGGGUAUUGCUCAGCUUUAA